GCGUUGGAUUGUUCACACACUAAUAGUGAGCUGGGUUUAGACCGUCGUGAGACAGGUUAGUUUUACCCUACUGAUGAUGUGUUGUUGCAAUAGUAAUCCUGCUCAGUACGAAAGGAACCGCAGGUUCAAACAUUUGGUGUAUUUGAUUGGCUGAGGAGCCAAUAAUGCGAAGCUACCAUCUGUGGUAUUAUGACUGAAUGCCUCUGAAGUCAGAAUCUCCCCUAAAUGUAAUGAUACUGUAGCGCUGAGGAUCUUCGGGUUGACCUGGGAUAGCCUGCCUCUUCUGGCAGCUGAGUAGAGCCGUUUAGUGACUGGGUUGGGGUGUGGCCAGAUGAGUUGCCACCCCUCUCCUGAUGCGCACUGCAUGUUGGUGGGGAACCAGGUGCUAAAUCCCUCGUACGUAGCAGAACAGCUUACUCACUGCGUUCUAUUGAAAGUCAACCCUCGAUCCAAGCUUUUGUUGGGGACAUAAGGCGUCUUCCUCCACCAUCCUCCUUCUUUACUUACGGGUUACCAGGUGCACAGAGAAGGGCCAGAGGCCAGACACAGAGUGUGAGAGAGCCCAGGCAGGCGGGUAGAAGGCAUAAGACACUGACAUUGGGCUCUGGAUAGGUAGGGGGCUAGGUGGUGGUCGCCCAUCCGCCCGGGCCGUACUCUGGUGGGACUGUGAGCCAGGUUGGGACUCGCUGUGGAAGUAAAAAGGUCACCAGGUGCACGAGGAGGCCUCCCCCAAGGCGGGGGGCACUCCGAGUUUGAGCAGGGGUGGCCGGACUCGAGGGCUGGGGCCAGCACUCAGGCCAUGGAGGUUGGAGUGGGGAUUCAGUCUGUGAGCAGAAAAACACAGGUGGGCCAACAGGAGCACAGAGCCUGUUUCGGGUUACCAGGUGCACGUGGUUCCUGACAGCGGGACUAUAGACAUCUUUGUCAUGCUCUGAUCUGUUUAACCUGUUUCUGUGAUUGUCUCCAGCCCCUCCAAGUGUCGCUUAUUUUCCCCAGUGUAUAUAUCCCUGUGUUUCCUGUCUCUCUGUGCCAGUUCGUCUUGUAUGUUUAGUCAAGUCAACCAGCGAGUUUUUCCUGUACUCCUUUUGCUAUUCUCUUUUUCUAGUCCUCCCGGUUUUGACCCUUGCCUGUUUCUGGACUUUGUACCUGCCUGCCUUGACCACGAGCCUGUCUGCCACUCUGUACCUCCUGGACUCUGAUCUGGUUUUGACCUUUUUGCCUGUCCACAACCAUUCUCUUGUCUACCCCUUUGGAUUAUUCAACAUUGUAAGACUCCAACCAUCUGCCUCCUGUGUCUGUGUCUGUGUCUCGCCUUGUGCCUUGAUAGUCUUAGUAAUUCCAGGGAGUAAGCUAUACUCUAAGGCCAAGGGAGAGGGGUGUUGACUGGGUAGGGAGAGUAGGUGUGGAGGCCUCGAGGUCUGUAGUUCCAGGGAGUAAGUUAUAAACUCUCAGGCCCAGGGAGAGGGCGGGCAGGGAGUGUAGGCCUAGAUGCCAGGAGUCAGAGGUCACCAGGUCAAUGGGGGCCUGCCUGGAGGUCAGGAAUGCCCCAGGGAUAAGGCCCAAGUGAAUACAUGUAGGUGUGUGAGUAGGAAAUGGACAAACAAAAGGGUGUGCAAUGUGUAGACCCACUGAGUGUACAUUCUGAACCUUGUUUGAGGCCAGUAGGUCACAUGACCAAGGAGCUAUUGAAAUUCGAAUGUAAAAAAAAGUUUGUACUUUGUUUAUUCUCCCUAACUAAUUCAACUAGGAAUACAAAAUGCUGCUCACAUCUCCACGUGUUUAUUAGCUUUGCAAAGCAAAUGAUUGUGCAAAUGUUGUGUGCAAUGUUUCCAACAUCAUAACACUUAUUUGGAGUCUGUGGCUCAAGUGGUUUGAAAGCUGAAUAUCCUUCAAACAUCCAACCGGAAACUGUCUAUACCUCAGUCACGAGUUGUUGGAGCCCCUCUCAGUGGGAAUGUCUAAAGAACAUACUUACAUUUUCUCAUGCAAUCUAAUAUGCAGGCAUACAAUUCAACACUGUUUAGGGAUCACUAUUUGUCUUUCCAAGCAGUUGUGUACUGUACUACUAUAGGAGGGAGAGCACGAUUUUAGAAAUACUGUAGUUCACAUUUGCUCUAUCCUGCGACAAUAAGGCUGCGUAUCCUGACUCCUGCUACAUUGUAGCUGCAUGCCAGCAUCUCACUUUAUGCACACGGAACCAUUGACCAACUAGACCAGCAGGGGGAGUAUAUUAUUGAGUGACGUCACCUCGGGUUGUUGUUUUAGAGAGGAGGUCUUGUGCAUGCUAUUCCAUUCCACACUGCUGCUCAUUGCUCCAUCGGUGCGCGGAGCAGACAGACAGAUAUUAGCACGCAGAGAAGCAAUACUUGGAUGUAUGGAUAUGUGGAUGUAUUUUCUGCGCUAGGAUGAUGCCAUUUAUGUUAAUUCAAGUGGUCUAGAAGGUCCCCAGUCCUGCAACCGUCCAGUCCUCCUUUGAAGAGGGUGCCAAUGCACACCUAUUAGAAAGGAUUACUGAGCAUCUGCCACCUCACCCAAGGAGGUGAGAACAUCCCAUCACCAUGGGGAACCAGCUGACCGAGAUAGCCCCCAACACCCCGUUCCUGCAAAACUUCCAGUCCUUGCACGUGGUAGUGAUUGGCCUGGACGCGGCUGGCAAAACCUCUCUGCUCUACAGAUUGAAGCUCAAGGAGUUUGUCAAGACCAUUCCAACCAAGGGCUUUAACACGGAGAAGAUCAAGGUAGCGGUGGGCAGCUCGCGGGCCAUCACCUUCCAGGUGUGGGAUGUAGGGGGCCAGGAGAAGCUGCGGCCCCUGUGGAAGUCGUACACGAGGCGGACCGAUGGCAUGGUGUUCGUGGUGGACUCCACCGAAACCGAACGUAUGGAGGAGGCCAAGGUGGAGCUUCACAAGAUCACCCGUACCUCGGAGAACCAGGGGGUGCCCGUCCUGGUGCUGGCCAACAAGCAGGACCUGGCCUCGGCUCUGUCUGUGAGCGAGGUGGAGAAGGUCCUGGCCGUCCAUGAACUGAAUGCCUCCACCUUGCACCACGUACAGAGCUGCAGCGCCGUGGAUGGACAAGGCCUACAACCAGGCCUAGAGAAACUCUAUGAGAUGAUCCUGAAGAGGAAGAAGAUGGUGAAACACAACAAACAUAGAAAGAGAUGAGCCAGGGAUUGUCCUGAUUUAAAGGGCCAUUUGUGACUCUUUGAGCGGCGGUCCUGUCCCUUUAAAUAAAAGGGAAGGUGUUUUGCCAACAAAGGACCAAUUCCAGAUGGCACAGGGGUCAGGAGAAAUGGAUUUGGCCUUUAUGUGACAUGCAGUAUUGAUACACCGUCUUUCAUACCUUGUAUUAGCCACACAGCUGCCCUUUGUAUGCAAUGAAUAUGUGAUAGCCACGAGAGGCUGUAGCUGCCUAUGACAUAUUUUGUCCCACAAAGUUGGACUCACUUGUUUUACCCUACAACACAGUAGAAAUGUGAUACCGAACUUUGAACUCCUGUUGGAUAUGAACAAAGACACACAUUUUAUAUGAUAUGAAGCUAAAUCGUAUUGAUAUCAAAUGGAAUACCAUGGCGAUUACAGUAUUAUUUUGGUCACUUUUGAAAGAACAAUUCCAAGUGCAUUCCCCUUAUGCCACAGAGUUUCAGUUGGAUUCGCAGACUGUUUUUACAAGUUGUACAAUUUUUGUAACACUGAAGAAUGAAUAAAUCAACCCACUGUAUUAAA